CUUCGAUGAAGAAGAAAAAUUACUUUUUGCAAUUUUUUAACUGUGUGAACAUUUCAUUUGUUGUAUCGUGUAUGAUCUCAAACGUAGUGGUAGUGUAAAGUGCUUAGAAUCGCACAGAACUAAAUAAAUCUCUUUUGUAAUUCCCAUUUCUAUGCUGAUAUUGAGGACUGCCAAUAUCACUUUUCUGUCUACUUCUAAUCAUUACUGUAAUUUUAUAUACGAUAGGCUUUACCAUUAUUUACAUAAUUUUAUGUUACCAAGAAUAUCGAUGGUUCGCGUGGAAUAAACAAAAAAUUAUCAUGUUAAUUCAGUUUCAUUGUAUGAUACUUGUAGGACAAGGUAAUUUCUUAAGAGAGUGUAGGAUGCGAUUGCAAGAAUCGAUUAACUCGAAAUAAUGUACGUUGUUUUUUAAAAUUUCCUUAUUAUUAAUGUUAAAAGUUAUGACCAUAAAUGUUUUAGCACUUAAAUUAAAGAUUUUUCAAAAAGUGUAGUUAAUCGAUUUGCGCAAUGAACGGCUCAAGUAUUGCUGUGGAAUCUGUGAUUAAUUGGUAGUGUAUAUCAAAUAUGUACCGAAAUGUUCGUUUAAUUACAUCUUUUUAGGAUACCAAAUCGUCACUAUGCAAUCAACAAUAUCCACUUAUUCUCCUUUCGUAUAACAAUUACAUAACUAACCACCAAAAACAUACAGUAACAUACCUAUAAGCGAGAUCUCGAAUGGCACAGAACCACAAGACAGCGAUACCGAUGAUAGAUGUCGAAGAUCGCAGAAACGACACAGAACUCAGCGCAACCGCUUUUUAUAGAAUGUAACGGAUCUCUUAGUUUGGACCAGGAUGAAGUGCCAAUGCAGAUCAAGGACCCCCCGACUUCCGACGAGGAAGAAAACCGUGGUAUGAUGGAUAGCGUGGACUUUGACGACGACAUCAAGCAAUCGAUGGAAAAUGACGAUUUUCACUCAGGUGAAGCGAACUAUCGUUCAUUGUCAGACGCUAAGGAUGAUUCGUCAUUGUGCUUUGUUAAUAGUGAUUCGUUGAAAACUGAAGUUAGCGAUAGCUCCACCUUAGACAUAGUUAAAGAAGAACCAUGUUCAGAAGAUCCAGUGAAGACAGUUUUGGUUCCUGUCAGAGACCCAGUGACUAAAGAAAUUAAGAACACGUACGUACCAGUUGAAGUGAAGGACGAGAGUGGUUUGAACAUUAUCAAAAGUAUCCUCAUACCGAUCAAGGACAAGGAUGGGUCGGUGUCCUACGAGAUCAAGAAAGUUAUAGUGCCAAUUAAACCGGAGCUCAGCUUGCCGAAAAAAAAUAAGAAGCAGUCGUCGACCAAACAGAAGUCGGCGAAGGUUAAGAAAGUUCGUGAAAAGAAACCAAAGCAAAAGGAAGGUAAGGUCAUCGAGAAGAAGAAAGCAAAACCUCGGGCAGAUCUUAAGAAUAAAGAGCGAAAGAAUGAAAACAAAGAGAAAGAAGCUUUGGAAGAAAUCCCAGCAACUAAUGCAUCGAUAGAGGAAGUGGAUAACAUUCUCGAAAACCUCCGUACGGUUUGCCCAGUCUGCCAGAAGACAUUCAAAAACGAGAAACAGAUGGGCAAGCACAUUUUCAGGGACCAUAGGAAACCGUUCCGUUGUAAAAGGUGUUACGAAAGCUACGUUUCGCAGGAUGCUCUUCAGGAACACCUUAAAACUCACGAAAAGGAUACCUACGUCGAGUGUCCAUUUUGUCACCAGAAGUACAAACGUAUGUCUGGGCUGAGAGCUCAUCAGAUACGCGUGCACAGUAGCGUGGACCCGAAGACAGUGCGGGAGCAUAACAAGGAGAUCUUCAUGGCUCCAGAUCCAGAGGGGCACAAGCCUCAUCCUCUAUGGAUGAAGACCUACCCCUGCCAGUACUGUGAGAACGUUUAUCCACAGAAAUCUUACCUAGUAGCUCACAAGAGGAUCGCGCAUGGGAUACAGAAGAGAGAACCGAAGACGUUCCAUUGCAACGUUUGCAACAAAAAGUUCGCCAGUGAGAGCAAUCUUCAAAGUCAUGCUAGUAUACACUCACAGAGUUAUCUCUGCGCUCAUUGCGGCAAAUCGCUCGCCAAUAAGUAUUCUCUGCAGCUGCACACGCGAAAGCACACGGGCGAACGUCCUUACCAGUGCAAGCUCUGCUCCAAGUCCUUCGCCUCAUCGGUUUCGCUCAGGGUGCACAGGGUCACUCACACGGGAGAAAGGCCGUACGAGUGCGACAUUUGUAGACGCAGGUUCACCCAACGCAGCAGCAUGAUGGCCCAUCGUCGCAAACAUCCUGGAAAUCACCCACCUCCUCCUCCUCUGAUUCUUCGCAGUCGCAAGAAUAAGGGGGAUUGAGUUUCUCAGGGGUCAGAUACAUUUUCGGUGACUUUUCUGUGGCCAAGUGACGUGUUUAGCUGUUCCGUGAAUCGUGAGAGGUGACGGGAAGUCGUGGUUUAGAGAGGCUGUUGUAUGAUUGUUAACACUGAAACUUCCUAAGUCGUGUUUAUUAUAUACAGUCAGUCCCAUAUGUAUUCGUACCGUCUAUAUUUAUUUAAGAAAUUUGUCUAAUUUUAAGGAGUGCUUCAUGUUUCCAAAUAAAUUUGUAAUUGUAAAUAUAUACAUGUGUGAAGUUUAUUCAUGUGCAUAUUUAUAAUAAAGAGUUGAUUCGGAAAUAUAUGAAGCAUGUCAUUUAAAUUAGACAAAUUCUUUUUAAUCGACAUAGAGUGUACGAAUACUGGGACUGACUGUAUACAACUGUAUGUUUGUAAUUAGAGGGAGAACAGAAUAUAUUUUUAAUGAUAUAUUAUGUAUUAAAUAUAUUUAUCGAUAAAAUUUAUUCUAUAUUAGUUGUCCCUCAAAAUUAGAGGAAAAUUGUUGUUUGAUAAAUGAAUGAUUUUAAGAAAAAGUUUGAAAGUGACUCGCUUGGCAGGUUUAGUGUUGUAAUUCUGGUGUUAAGUUUCCUUUCACUGGGUUGUUUGAAGUAUCGAUGAUUGUGGGCCACGAUGACUAGACUGCGAAUAUUUAUGCAUAAAUAUAUGAAAUAUAGAAAAUAAAAUACACGUUACAUGCAGAAGACAAUUUUGUUCUUCAUCUGUGCAUAUGAAUUCGCAUAAACAUCCACAGUCUAGCGACUUGUUUCUAUAUUUCUCCAUUUCGUCAUUGCUACGUACAUCGUUUGUGUAUAAACUUUUAUCGUCAUCAUUUACCGUAGUUAGUAUUUAGAAUACUUAUUUCUUGAACAUUUUAUCCUAUUUUCAUUUAUGAAAGUGAUUUUAUAAAACAAUUGCUCUGUAUUUAGAAAUAUUUGAUCGCGAAACUGAGCCUACGUAUUGCCUAUUAUUUAAUGUGGAGAGGUAAACAAAAAAUUGUAAUUGAAAUUGCAUUUCGAAGUGAAUAUGUACAAAAUACGUUGAAACUAUUCAAUGAACAACUAAUAGGAAACCGCUAAAUUGUUAAUCCUCCUCUAUGACUUUCACAUCGAUCAAAGGAGAAUGUAAACGAGUUAGUCCAUUAUCGAAAUCUAGAAGCAGUAACACUUAUCCGUGUAAGUAGUAUUAACUAUAAAUUUAUAUUAACUUUUAUGAUGAAAUCACUUUAGUUCAAUGUUCGACAGAUCGUUUGUACAGAGUUCCACGUUCCUUUAAUUAAAUCCUUUUCAGAAAUUGUACAGUGCUCGCUACGUAACUUGUAAUCCCUACCCUAAACGUCCCCUCUCCCUUCUGUGCCAUACCAUGUAACGAAGCACUAAAAUCGAACACAAAAAUAAACAAAAUUUCGAAUAGUACAGAGUCCUACGUACAAACAUCCCAAAAAUCGAUGCCUUUCUUCGAAGCAUUUGUGUUUCAUCGUUUUCUGUUUACAUCUUUAGCGUGUCGAUACUUUCCUGCGACUAAUCGAACCAAUGGGUG